UACAAAGAUGUUUGCAUAAGGCGACAUUUAGACUUAAUGAAUUAUAAAAAGUUUUUUUGAAACUAGAACUGGAUAUUAUGAAUGAUAAUGUCUGUAUUAUAGGUUUAUUAAUUAUAAAAGAUGAAUUAUCAAACAGCACAAAACAAAUAGAAAAACUAAAAGAAACAACAGAUUGGGGUGAAGAAACUCUUAUAUCUUGGAAUGCUGAUUUGUCAAAGCAAACUAUGGACAUGAAUUUACUCGACUCGUACAAUUUUAAGGAUAAUAAUCGUUUUAAAGAACUAGAACUAAAAAGACAAGUAUUACAACGAACUGCAAUUGAAAAAGAAAAUACUAUCGAAAAAGAAGUGAACGUUUUACUUCAAAUUGAAACAGAAUUAGAAAAAUUAUCCAAACUCACUAAACAAGCUGAAAAAGAAAAAGAUCGAUUACUUGAACAAUGGGAAAUAGCAGCUAAUUAUUUUAAUUCUAAUAAUGAAAAUAUGCAAAGUACGGUGCAGGAGACUCAAAAAAUCAAUGAAAAUGCUCGAAAAAUGUACAGUAAGAUGAAAGAAGAUAAACAAGUAUAUGAAGACUAUUUUGAGAAAAAUGAGGAACUUCAGUUUGAAUUGUCUAAUAUUAGUAAAUCAAUUAAUGAACUAAAGGUAUCCACAAUUAAAAAACAAGAAAGUUCUAAUCACAUGUUAUCUGAGGUGUUCGCAUCUCGUAUUUUACUCAGUAAAUUAAGCAAUAAGUUAUCAAAUGAAAGAAGCAAACGAAAGCACCUCCAUGAAAAAGUAAACAGUUUAAACAAACAAAUCAAACGAAAAAAAAAUGAAAUAGAAAUUUUAGAGCAAAAUUCUAUAAAUACUAGAAAUAAAUCAAUGACUAAUGAAGAACGAUUGAAUGCAUUAGAAAAAAUAUUUGAAGAACAACAAAAAUUAUCAAAUAAACUGUUGCUUGAUAAUGAUAAACUUCAAACCACAUCAUUUUAUAAUUCUUCUGAAGUGAAAAAAUUAAAGGCUAAAAUUGAUCUCAUGAAACUUCAGUUGGAACGAAAUAAUGAUACGCUAUUGGGAUUCGCUAGAGAUGAAUUAAAACUGGGACAACAAAUAAUGGAUAAAAAAGAAAUAUUGUACAAUUUAAGCUUUCAAUUAGAAAUUAUAAGCAGUAAAAUGACCGAAGUUGAAGGAAACUUAGACAUACAUACAUUACAAGAACAUCAAGACCAAUUGUUUAAUUUAAGAUCAGAACUUAAUCGUGCCACUGAAUAUCAAAACCAACUUGACAAACAGCUUAAAAUGGCAGAAAAUGAAUGUCAUUAUCUUACAAAGGAAGUAGAAAAAUUUCAAACUGAACUACAAGUUCUUCAAAAGCGCAAUCAAGAAAUGGAUAUUCGCAAUUUUGGAGAUAUUAAAGAAAUUCAACAGUUAAAAGAUCAAAAUCAGCAAUGUCAUAUGGAAGAGUUGUUGCUUAAAUUAAAAGUAGCACAAAUUAAAAAAAUAAUGGAUGAUGAAUGCGAGAAAGCAUUUUCGUUAUCAAAACAACGAGAAGAACUAACUGCAGAUAUAAAUUUAAGAAAAGCUGAGGUCACAGCUAUUUUAGAACGCCUAAACGGCGAAAAAAAAAUUUUAAUGGACGAUAAAUCAUUGAAUAAACGACAAUUAGAUUUUGUUAUUCAAAAGAUUAACCAAAAACAAAAUAAAUAUGACAUUCUUUUAGCAUCCAUAGGAACAAACAGUCAUUCUUUUACUAUUAGUGAAUAUCACAUUAGAAUCUCGCAAGAAAAGCUAGAACUUCAGGAAAUAGGUGAUGAUUUAGAUAAUCGAGUACAAAAACUUGAAAAUGAAGUGAGAGCAAUGGAAAACACUUUACAUGUGUUGAACACAACUAAUAGAUGUUAUAAAACCAGUUUAUCGUACAUGGACCCUGAAAGUUCUGAAUAUAAAGAAAAAACUCGUUUAAAAGAAAUACAUAAUAACAUAAAAAGCUCAAUUAAACAAAAUAAUAAAAACAUAAUUGAAAUUAAACGCCAAAUAGAAGAUUUAAAAAUGAAAAACCAAGAAACUGAAAAUGAGCUAAAUAAUACUACGACAUUACUUGAUAGUAAACGUAUAAAUUUAAAGAGAGUCUUGAAAGAUAUCGAGGGACAAAAUUUAAAAUUGGAACGUGUAGAAAGUACAAUUCGAUGUAGUUUAAAUGGUCUUGAAAAAAAAUAUCACGGUGACAAUGAAAAAAUUAAGAUCUUAGACCAUAUUAAGAAAGAUGUCAAGCUUAGAUUGUUGAAAAAAAUUAAUAAAACUUCUUUGGAAAUAUUGUCUGAAAUGUCUAUCCGGUACAUAGAAUUAGAACCAACAGCUAAACAGUAUUUAUCUGAAAAAAAUUUAACAUUACCAACUAUUUCUAAUCUUAUGUCAUUUCCGUCAUCUUUAAAAAUUAAAUCAAAUUGUGAAUCAAGCUCUAUAUCAUUAUCUAAUUCCUCAAUCAGCCAUUCUAGCAUUAAAGAAAAAAGUACGAAUUUAUUUGUGGAGAAGUAAGAUAUUGGAAAUAAGGAUUUCAUAAAAAUUUAUAUCAUAAAUAGAAGUAAAAUUAGUGUAUCUUCAAAAUUUAUUUUAAAAUAAUUCUAAUUCUUAAUAAUUUAUAGUAAUUAAUCCUUUCAAACCUGAAUUUUUAUUUUUAGUUGAAAUUACUCAUUCUUUUAACAAUGGGUGACCCAAGAAUAGACUUAAAAAUAAUUUUCAGAAAAAAAUAUUACUUUUAUUUUCCAUGCUUACACUAAUAUUCGAUCAAAAUUUAAGAAAAUGCUAGAAACAAAAUAGUGAUCAGAGAGUCUGAAAGUUUUUAAAGUUGUUAUAAUUUAAUUCUAUUUUAGUCAUCUAUUUUAGGUAUUUCAAGCAUGGAACCUUAAUAAAUUAAUCUUAAUAAGUUAAUGCAUAUGAUUAAUUGUAUUUUUCGUUAAAAAUAUAUUUUUAAUUGUAAUUUUUUAUGUAAAUUGUUUAUCAAAAUUAAAAAGUAUUCGAAAAAUAUGUCAAA